CUCAAACAGUUGACUGCUUUUUCUCCAUUUGUCACGUUCCCUCUUUGUACAGGAGGUGUAAUCGGAGGGUGAGAAAUAGCAGGCUAACUUAGCAUUGGCGUAGUUGAGAACAGCAGUCGGGACCUCGUUCUGCCGUGAGAAACACUGUCGCUGAGACUGACUGCAGGACAUCAUGGAGGACUACUUGAGGACAGAGAAGAUAGGCGAAGGCACGUAUGGAGUGGUGUACAAGGGCAGACACAAGUCCUCGGGUCAGGUGGUGGCCAUGAAGAAGAUCCGACUGGAGAGUGAAGAGGAAGGGGUCCCCAGCACGGCGGUCAGGGAGGUCUCUCUGCUGCAGGAGCUCAAACAUCCCAACGUUGUGCGACUGCUGGACGUUCUGAUGCAGGAGUCCCGUCUCUAUCUAGUCUUCGAGUUCUUGUCCAUGGACUUGAAGAAGUACCUGGACUCCAUCCCCUCUGGCCAGUACAUGGACCCCAUGUUGGUGAAGAGCUACCUCUACCAGAUCCUGGACGGCAUCUUCUUCUGCCACUGUCGCCGAGUCCUGCAUCGGGACCUGAAGCCCCAGAACCUUCUCAUAGACAACAAGGGGGUGAUCAAGCUGGCGGACUUUGGCUUGGCUCGGGCCUUUGGCGUUCCUGUCAGAGUUUACACUCAUGAGGUGGUGACGCUUUGGUACCGGGCCCCAGAGGUCCUCCUGGGCUCGCCCCGAUAUUCCACCCCUGUAGAUGUUUGGAGCACCGGGACCAUCUUUGCUGAACUGGCCACCAAGAAGCCUCUUUUCCACGGAGACUCUGAGAUCGACCAGCUCUUCAGGAUCUUCAGGUGUCUGGGGACUCCAAACAAUGACGUGUGGCCAGAGGUGGAGAGUCUGCCCGACUACAAGAACACCUUUCCCAAGUGGAAGUCUGGCAGCCUGUCGUCGCUGGUGAAGAAUCUGGACAAGCAGGGACUGGACCUGCUGGGGAAAAUGUUGAUCUACAACCCUCCCAGAAGGAUCUCGGCUCGUGAGGCCAUGCUGCACCCGUACUUCGACGACCUGGACAAGUCCAUCCUGCCUGCUGCCAACAUCACCAGAACUUGAUCCUCUUUUAAACUCCAGCCCUGUUCAUAUUUGUUUGUGUGUCCUGUUGAAUAAAUCUAUUUUAAUUUUGUCACUUCA